AAGUAGUAGCCCAAGUGCCCAACUACUAUUAGAUUCCCAAUUCUCAAUAGAAUCACACUUUUCCAAUUGCCUUUUAACAUAUUUCCCUCUUCUCUUAGAAGAAAAAGAAGAGAGUAUAUAAUAGUAGAAGAAAAGAAGCAAAAAAUCUGGAGAAAAAUUGAACAGAAAUGUCAGAACCAGAAGAAAAAAUAACUUCAAAAAAUCCCCGACCGAAGUCAAAGGAGUUUUCUUCUCCGCCGCCGCAACAACCACCGCACACGGCGAUGGAGAAAGAAUCAACGACGAUGAUGAUGGAUCUCGAUAUCGAUGCUUCCUGGUCGUUUGAUCAGAUUUUCGCUGCAGCAGCGGCUGUUUCGUCUAAUCCUACGUCGCCAUUUUUGCCUUGUUCUCCUCUUUGGGGAUUUUCCGAUGAUAUCGAGGAAAAACCUGCCGGAAAUUCAUUCUCCGGUGCUCUCCGUUUCUCCGGUCACCCUAGAUUUGGUGCUACUUAUACUGAUGAUCCCGAGGCUACAACUGAAACUGUCUCUGUCAACGCUGAUAAAGGACGACUUCCUUCACCAGUUUUGGAGCUAGCACCUAGAGAUUAUCCAAAUGGGUCUUGUAUAAUCAAGGAGAGGAUGACACAAGCACUCCGAUACUUCAAGGAAUCGACGGGAGAGCGAGUUUUAGCUCAGGUUUGGGCACCUGUAAAGGACGCUGGUCGGUAUGUACUGACAACUUCAGGGCAGCCCUUUGUUCUUGAUCCAGAUUGUAAUGGGCUUCAUCAGUAUCGAACAGUUUCUCUGAUGUAUAUGUUUGCUGCGGAUGGAGAGACUGGUGGAGUUCUUGGACUUCCGGGCCGUGUCUUUCGCCUGAAGUUGCCUGAAUGGACACCAAACGUGCAAUAUUACUCCAGUAAAGAGUUCCCUCGUCUUGAUCAUGCUCUGCAUUACAAUGUUCGAGGAACUUUAGCGCUGCCUGUAUUUGAACCAUCUGGACAAUCUUGUCUUGGUGUACUGGAGCUCAUAAUGACCUCCCAGAAGAUCAACUAUGCUGCCGAGGUGGAUAAAGUAUGCAAAGCACUCGAGACUGUGAAUUUGAAAAGUUCGGAGAUAUUGGACCACCCAAACACUCAGGUAUAUGUGAUGGGGUAUAUGAACCAGAUUUGCAAUGAAGGCCGGCAGAAUGCAUUAGUUGAAAUCUUGGAGAUACUAACUGCAGUAUGUGAAACUUACCAAUUGCCUCUGGCUCAGACAUGGGUUCCGUGCAGGCAUCGCAGUGUUCUGGCUGAUGGCGGUGGGUUGAAAAAGAGCUGUAGUAGCUUUGAUGGAAGCUGCAUGGGGCAGAUCUGUAUGUCCACAACGGACGUAGCAUUUUAUGUGGUUGAUGCUCACAUGUGGGGUUUUCGUGAGGCCUGUGCAGAACAUCACUUGCAAAAGGGACAGGGAGUUGCUGGAAGAGCAUAUGCUUCACAAAAAUCAUGCUUUUGUGAAGAUAUUACACAAUUUUGCAAAACUGAGUAUCCCUUGGUACAUUAUGCGCGCUUGUUCGGGUUGACCAGUUGUUUUGCAAUCUGCUUACGGAGCAGUCACACCGGCAAUGAUGAUUAUAUUCUGGAAUUUUUUCUACCACCGAACUCGGGGGAUUACAGCGAUCAGCAGGCUUUGCUUAACUCGCUCUUAUUGACAAUGAAGCAGCACUUCAGGAGUCUCAGCAUUGCUUCUGGAGGGGAACUUGAGCAUGACUGGAGCUCAGUUGAGAUAAUUAAGGCUUCCAUCGAAGAGAAAAUUGAUGCGAAGCCUGAAUCUGUAUCAGCACCGAAAUCUCUUCCUCAGCCUACUCGUUUACCAAAUGGAUGGACAAAUCUUGAUCCAUUGGGAGAGCAGCAGUUUUCAGUGGAAUCUGAUGUUGCAAAGGGUGCAGGGAGCAAAUGUGGUACAGGUGAAGCCCCUAACCACGUAUCCCCCUCUGACAAUAAACCGACGGGAAAGAAAUCAGAGAGAAAACGUGGAAAAGCUGAGAAAACAAUAAGCUUAGAGGUUUUGCAACAGUAUUUUGCUGGAAGUCUUAAGGAUGCUGCUAAGAGUCUUGGUGUUUGCCCUACCACAAUGAAACGCAUAUGUAGGCAGCAUGGAAUCUCUAGAUGGCCAUCUCGCAAGAUAAAUAAGGUCAACCGUUCACUUUCAAAGCUAAAAUGUGUAAUUGAAUCUGUUCAAGGAACCGAAGGUGCAUUUACUCUUACCUCACUGGCACCAAAUUCCUUUCCUGCUGCUGUUGGGUCUAUUUCUUGGCCUGCCUGCGCUAGUGGUUCCAAUCUACCAAGUUCACCAUUAUCUAAACCUUCAGUAUUUCCUGAGGAGAAGAAUGAGUUCUCCAACCAUGGAACACCAGAAAGUCAUGAAGAAGCUGAACCCUCAAAUCAAAUGCUAGGAGGAAGGGUAACCAGGAAGGAGGAAUUCACUCCGCAGAAUGGCUUUCUAUAUGCUGAAGGCUCACAUAAGUCCAGAACAGGGAGUGUCUCAAGAGAAGAGAGCGCAGGGACACCUACGUCCCAGGGUUCAUGCCAAGGCAGUCCUUCCGCUGGAAAUGAAUUCUCCCCUCAGAACGAUCUGGUUAAUUCACCAGCACGUGAGGCAUGCAUGAAAGCNAGCGCAGGGACACCUACAUCCCAGGGUUCAUGCCAAGGCAGUCCUUCCGCUGGAAAUGAAUUCUCCCCUCAGAACGACCUGGUUAAUUCACCAGCACAUGAGGCAUGCAUGAAAGUGGGAGGCUCUCUGGAAGCAGCUCAUCAAACCACAACAGAAAAUAACUUAGCCGCUGCAUUCCUAAUACCUAGGCCUUUUAUUCCAGAACGUGCUCAGGAGCCGUUUGGGGGAAUGCUUGUCGAGGAUGCAGGCAGCUCUCAUGAUCUGAGAAAUCUUUGUUCAGCUGGAGAAGCUCAGGUUGAUGAACGUGUCCCAGAAUACAGUUUGCCAAACCCACCAUUUUCUGAUGCAAUUGCCAAGGACCCUGUUUAUGUUCCUGCUGACACGACGCCACAGUAUUCUGCCUGGCCUGAAGUGACAUUCGUUACAAUAAAAGCAGCAUAUAGGGAAGAUAUCAUAAGAUUUCGGCUUUGUUUAAAUUCUGGUAUAGUUAAGUUGAAGGAAGAAGUAGCAAAAAGGCUUAAGUUAGAGCUGGGAACAUUCGACAUCAAGUAUCUAGAUGAUGAUCUUGAGGUAGUUUCAAUUUCUUGUGAUGCAGAUUUGCAGGAAUGUGUCGAUAUCUCAUUAUCAUCUGGCAGCAGUAUUGUCAGGUUGUUAGUUCAUGAUAUUAUGUCCAACCUAGGGAGCUCAUGUGAGAGCUCAGGUAAAUGAUAGUAAGAAUUAGGCUGUAAAUACAUAAAAUUAGUCAAACCAUUCUUGUAGUAGGAUCUUGUCCACAAUGUGUAAAAUUGGCAUAUUGUCUAAAAUUGUAACAAGUUUCCAAUUGUAUCAAGCCUCUGAGGAAACUAGUUUUUUUUCUUCUUGUUU